AUGUCAACUUCGCACUUCCCCACCAAGGCCCGAAUCCGAGAGAUUUUCGCCUACUUGACAGCGGGCGAUGCACCGGCCUUCUAUGCUCACGUCGCCGACGAUGUCGACUGGACCGUAAUGGGAACACAUGCGCUAUCGGGCCACUACAAGGACAAGGAAAUGUUCCUGUCACAGUCGCUCUCCCGGAUUAGUGCUGUAUUUGACGGAGUUAUGAAACUCCAUGUUAAGAGCGUCAUUGGUGGGGAAAUCGAGGAGUGGGCUGUAAUAGAACUCGCUGCAGAAGCAAAAUGCAAAAAUGUUAUGUUGUACAACAACACAUACUCUUGGUCGACACGAUGGAAGGAUGGCAAGAUCGUCGAGGUCCGCGCGUGUCUAGACGGACUACUCUUAAAUCGCGCUUUAGCAGAGAACGAGAAGAAAUCUUAG